UUCUGGUAAGUCAUUCAAAUGUAAUGGUGGAUUUUUUUUCUUUUGGUCUUGGAACAAAUGGGCUUAUAAAAAUGUCUGACGACGUUGUUUAUUCUGAUGUGAUAUUUGUGAAGAGGAACGGAGAUAAAAGAAACGAUACAGAUCAGUGUCAUUUAGGAGAUUCUUCUAAAGCUAUGCAAAAGACCAAACCAUGUUUUGACUGUGUUCGACUGAUACUAAUGGCUUUUUGUAUUCUACUCAUGGGAGGUCUAAUUGCUCUUAGCUUCCAAUAUGUGUAUACAGAGAGGAAGCUUAAAAAUCUUCAGCAGCUCCACAAUGUGCUAAGUGGGAAUCUUACAGGUGCACUUAAAGACCUUCAUCACUGCCAACAAAAUCUGUCCAAAGCUCUGAACAGUGCAUGUCCAAAAGACUGGGAAUAUCAUGCAGGAAAAUGUUACCUCUUCUCUACAAACACACUGAACUGGACUCAGAGUCGAGAUGAAUGUGUCUCAGGUGGAGGACAUCUGGCAAUUAUAAACAGCAGAGACGAGCAGAUGAGGAAGAAGAGGAUAAAUGGUUAUGGGUCGACAACACAAAACUUAGUGAAGACGAACGAUUUGUUCUUGCAAUUCCACAACAAAUUAAAGGAUAUGCAAACUCAUAUGGGGCGAAAAAGGACACUGCAUUUUGGUGGAUUUGUGGUUAUGUUACCUGAGAAGCUGGCAGUCUGGCCUUUACUUGCUGUGACACAUGAAUGGGAAGAGAAAAGUUCUCUGGUGCCCUCCAAGUUUGGACUGUCCACCAUAGCUGCAGCCAGGCGUGUGGCAUGACGCAUUUUUCAGGUUAAAGUUUUCAGAUUCCUCUACAAAUUAAGAACUGAUUUACUUUAAGAAUAUAAAUUUGAUUUAAUAAUAGAAUUUCAAUAAAAGUGGCUGACCGCAUAAAAAUAAUUCAGUCUAACUCAGUUUUGCCAAAUUCAAAUUUCAGAGGCACUUCGAUAGUUUCAUGGUUGCCAGUUAAAUCUGUCCAAAGCUCUAAACAGUGGUAAUUGAUGCCUUUUCCUGAUGAUAGUCAUCAUCAGAAAGUACUUGUGAUUGAAACAAGGUGACAUCCGGUCUCAAAUGUCAAUUUCAGCAUGUCCAAAGGACUGGGAGUAUCAUGCAGGAAAAUGUUACCUCUCUCUCUUUAAACACACUGAACUAAUAUAAUAUGCUCAAAUAUUUAGUAGUGCGUAAAUUAUGACUUAGUGCCCAUUUACGCCACAACUAAGCUAAGUUGUAACUUACGUAUAGCUGGUGCAACCGGUCCCUGGCUACUAUAAGCAGCAGAGAUGAGCAGGUUUUCUGUAUUCUCACAAAAACAACUUUGGUUAUUGUGUUAUUGUUGCUGAAUAAAGCAAUGUCACACAUGCAAGAGUGCUGUUGUUCCCUUAUAUCAGCACAGAUGUGAUUCGACCAAGUAUUCACAGCCAUUGAUAUACAUUCAUAGAUGCCUCAUUAGCAGCUAUGCCGUCUGCCAUAUUGGAAUGGUCAAGAGCGGUCCGUGAACACAUGAAAGUGAAUUGACAAGAAAUAAAUUGUGGUCUGCAACAGUCUGUACACUUUUCCAGCCAGUUUUCACAAUAUUUGAUUUGCCAUUAACAUUGGGCAAUGUUGUAGAUGAUAUAAAAAAUCCAAAUUACACACACUGUUAAAACACUAUUAUUAAUAAUGUUGAUCAACUGCCUUAUGCUUUAUGCUUUAAAUACAAGCUUUUUUUUUUUUUUUUUUAAAUCAUAUAGCACCAAUCUCACACAUAGUGAGUUCUAUCUAUAAAUAUUAUUAACCAAAACCUGGGUUAUUAAACUAUUAAACCAAAUUAUUAAUUAAAUCGAGUUAAUAACUAAUUACAGUGCAAUUUAUAGUCUAUAAUUUAAAUGUACAUCUAUAUUACCAUAAAACGAGCUAAAGUAUUACACAUAUAGUAAUGACAGUCUAGCAUUCAUAAAUUACAUUAAUUUAGCCAGUCUUUUGAUUACUCCCUCCUCUGUUCUGGUUUAAGACUUGAAAAAUAUGCUCACCCUAACUAUAGCAUGAUGAAUGAAUGACAUGAGAAGAUAGUUUGAUGUGUAGAUGGAUACAAGUAUAAAAAUGUAAGCAUAAAAUUACAUUUACUAUCUACUUGAAUGGGGAAAGACCAAAAUCUCCAAAAAAGGUUAACGAUCAAAGAACAUGGUAUAAAUCAGCAGUUAAAUCUGACUACAAUGGCAUUAUAAAUUAUGCUUCUUUAGCUCUGAUCAGAAAAACAUUUUUAUUUGGCAGGCAGGUCUAGCUAAUGUCCAUGCGCAUUCUCAAGUUGACUAGCAGGCGAUGUCUGUAUCUAAAAGGUAACUGGCUCUUUUACCUGUAAGACGGGACUCUCUUUUCAACAUCCACCAUAUUAAGGGUUCCGCUUUCUUCCAUUCAUUUUAAUACAAGUGCUCUGUCUCGGGCUAAAUAGUCUCUGUGGCUACUACUUUCUUACACCACUGAUUCAGGUUAGCAUUCUUGCUUAGAAACAGCCAAAGCCGCCACUGCUCGGUGGAAAAAUGAGCCCAAGCCGCUGUUACCAAUUCGAAAACGUAGCUUCAUAACUAGUAGGGAUGGUUUGGUCUGUUUCUAACAAGUUAUUAGAGUAACAAGAGUGUCUGUGUGUUUGUAUGCCGUGUGUGUGAGAGAGAGUGCUUGUGUAAUUUCCUGUAUCUGUUGUGACUCUCAGCAGUGUUCUUCAGUAAAGCUAAACUACAGAUACACCGAUGUAUCGACCUCUGAUAUUUAUCGGCCAAUUAUUUAUCAAAUUAGCAUGAAAACGCUGAUAAUUUUUUUUUAAUUAGAAUUAAUCAUCAGUUUUUCAUAUUACAUUUAAUGCAUUAAAUAAAGUUUGCGAUCAUUUUUGUGUGUGUAGUAUGACGAAAUACCAAAAUAAAUGAAUAAUAAUAAUAAUAAUUUGAAAGCAUGUUUUGGACAUGAAGACGUACAUUUUCACAGAAUGUACUCAUUACCAUUUUAUGAAAUACUUCGCAUGUAUAAUAAAACCUUGCAGAUAAGAAUCCUGGCGAAAAUAUUCAGUCUAGGCCAGGAUAUAUGGACGAAAUGGACAUGAGUUUUUAGGAGACCACAAACUUUGAAAAAACUCUGAAUUUAAAUGCACUAUCCAGAGAUAAUUACAGCCACAGAAUUAAGAAGCAUGCACUCCUUAUAACAUGUAAUAGCGAUUUAAUUUGUAUUCUUUGUCGUUUACACAUUCACGAGAAAAACCGGUGUUGCGUGACAGCUGCGAAAGAGGCACUUACAUGAUGAGGGUAAAAUAUCUGUAGACUUUAGUCUUUGAUCUUUGAGAAAUCGGAAUGAUAUCCAUGCACGAUUGAUUGAAUUAAGAUUUAUAUCACGAGGUGGCUUUGCAUUAGUACUAAACCGUCCGCAAGGCUGCUUUAACUUUGUCAGCAUCAGCGAUGCGUGAGCGAUCGGCGCCCUCUAGCGGGUGUGUGUGGAACACGCUGAGCAAUUACCAUUCAAGUAGCGAAGUUUGUCAAAAAUAAUCCCCUCAAAAAUGUUGGCUAUAGAUACAAUAAGCUUGAAGCUCGUCACAGAUCAAAGGGCUUUAUUCCUUUGCUUAACUUUAUUUUUCAAAAAUGUGCAUGUAAUGUUCUAUCAUAUGUAAAAUGCUAGUUCUUUUAUUUAAAAGUGCAAAAACAAAAGCACAAAAAUUUAUUAAAAGUGCAAAAAUAGCCUCUUUUUAAUAAAGCAACUGUCCUGAUUCAAUUCAUUUUUUGAUAUGCAAUUUGCAAUGUUCUAUCACAAUUACAGAAAUGUAUUGUUAGAACAACAAAAUAGCUGUUGCUAAGGAAUUAUUCUUUAAAAAUGUACAAAGUAAAACGGUGAUCUAAUAACAAAAUAAGGUGAGUAAAAUGCAAAUAUCGGUAUCGGAAUAUAGUUUUGUUAAAAUCGGUAUCGGACAUCUUUUUUAUAUAUAGGUUAAACUGUUUGAUUUGAUUUCCGCUAUAGACCUGUUCCAAUGGGCGAAGUCCAAACGGCGUUUUAGCGCCUUUGAAGGGCACUGGGGGAAGGGGACACCACACAAGGGGUGUUCCAAACGAAAGUGAGCAACUCAAGCCCUCCACCGGGGGCCCUUCCACAAGGCCGUGAAGGGUACAUGUGAUAGUAAUUUUACAGUAUGAUCACGUGACCCUGAGAGGCGUGUCCUCGGGAUAUAUUUUAAAGCAAAGUUGUCUAUCUUUUAUAACAGAUACUUCUGCACAGUUUACAUUCCUCCUCAUACAUAAGGUAGUAGACGGCCAUAAGCAGAGAGAUACUCCAAAAACAGGGCUCAUUUUUUACUGUAGGCUAGUCUAAACCCUGUGGUGUAUUAUUAUUAAGAACUCUUGCACCAAAUAACUUUUGGCGGGAAAUGUUCAAUCAUGUAUUUUAUAUACAUAUAUGUACAUAUAUUAUUAUUAUUAUUAUUAUUAUUAUUAUUAUUAUUAUUAUUAAAAUAGCAACAGUAAGAAAUGUUAAAUAAAUGUAAAAAAAAAAAACAAAAACAAAAAAAAACAACUAUUACAAAAGGUAUAUUUAUUUGCAACAAAUUAACAGCAAUAAAUAAGAGAUUCCUGUUGUUAGAACAGCUGCGCUGCGUCAUCAUGGUAACGUUUCAGGCGAAGAUAAAGUGGGAGUGAUGUAUGUCUUUCAGUACACCCUUCAUCAAGAGUGUUCCAAACGGCCAUACAUGAGACGCCAGUGCACUGCUCCCUCCAGAGUUCCCACUUCAAGAGCUUAGCCCCUCGGAGGGAGUAGGGCAUAGGGAUGCUCACUUCCGUUUGGCAUCCGCCCAAUGACCUCACUUUUCCCCCACAGCCGCCAUCUUUGUGACCAUCUGGGUAGGGUUGCACCAGCUGUGCUUAAGUUCUCACGUAAAGUUCACACUAAGGGCUUAGUAACUACUAGAUAGUUUGUAAAUAAGUCAGUGCUUAAUUUGGUUGCACCACCUGUUCUUAAAGCAAGACUUAACUAGUAGGUCAUAAGCUCUCCGUAAAGUAAUGCGUACUCACAUAAUAUGACCUUUACCUGUAUUUAUCCAAUAAGCAGCCUUCAAAUUUGUACACAGAAGCGUUAAAAAGCCGUGAAUUUCAGUUUAUCUCAUUACGGUUGAUGUUCAAACCUUGUUUGUUCACGUAACUGUCAGCUGUAAUAUCCCCAUUAAAAUACGAUACGUAAUAAAAGUAGAUUUAAUAAAUAGUAUAUUUGCCCUGUGUAAAUAAUAAUAUAUAGGAACUGUAUCUAAUAUAAAUAAGGGGUGAUAAAUAAAUGCUAAUACAACAGGCUGGAAAAACAGACAUUUAUUCAUUUUAAUAUCCUAUAUAUAUUUUGAAUGUUGUUGUUGAGAACAAAAUGACUUAACAACGGUCAUUGGAAACCAAAAUCAAAAUCAAAGUAAACAAAUUAAAUCACAGGCUGUUCCAACUUCAUCAGGGCAACUCAUAAUGUGACUCAGUAGUGCGUAUGGCCCCCACAUGCCUGUAUGCACUCCCGACAACGUCUGGGCAUGCUCCUGAUGAGACGGCAGAUGGUGUCCUGGGGGAUCCUACCAGACCUGAAUCAGGGCAUCAGUGAGCUCCUGGACAGUCUGUGGCGCUACUUGGCGGCAUCGGAUGCACCGAUACAUAACAUCCAUAAAGGUUCUCAAUUGGAUUCAGGUCUGGGGAACGUGAGGGCCAGUCAAUGGCAUCAAUACCUUCGUCAUCUGGGAGCUGCCUACACACUUUGUCCACAUAAGGCCGGGCAUUGUCCUGCACCAGGAGGAACCCAGGGCCCACUGCACCAGCGUAAUGUCUGACGAUGAGUCUGAGGAUUUCAUCCCGGUACCUAACAGCACUCAGGGUACUGUUGGCUAGCACGUGGAGGUCUGUGCGACCCUCCAAGGAUAUGACUCCCCAGACCAUCACUGACCCACCGCCAAACUGGUCAUGCUGGAUGAUGUUGCAGGCAGCAUAACGUUCUCCACGGCGUCUCCAGACUCUUUCACAUCCGUCACAUGUGCUCAGUGUGAACCUGCUCUCAUCUGUGAAGAGAACGGGGCGCCAAUGGCGGACCUGCCAAUUCUGGUGUUCUCUGGCGAAUGCCAAUCGAGCUGUACAGUGCUGGGCUGUGAGCACAGGUCCCACUAGAGGACGUCGGGCCCUCAUGCCACCCUCAUGGAGUCUGUUUCUGACAGUUUGGUCAGAAACAUGCACAUCAGUAGCCCGCUGGAGGUAAUUUUGUAGGGCUCUGGCAGUGCUCCUCCUGUUCCUCCUCCCACAAAGGAGCAGAUACUGGUCCUGCUGCUGGGUUGAUGCCCUUCUACGGCCCUGUCCAGCUCUCCUUGUGUAACAGCCCGUCUCUUGGUAUCUCCUCCAUGCUCUUGAGACUGUACUGGGAGACACAGCAAACCUUCUUGCAAUGGCACAUAUGGAUGUGCCAUCCUGGAGUUGCUGCAGGUACCGCCUCAUGCUACCAGUAGUGACAAGGACACUAGCAAAAUGCAAAACUAGAGAAGAAUCAGUCAGGAAGGAUAAGGAGAGAGCAAUUGUCUGUGGCCACCACCAGCAAAACCAUUCCCUUUUUGGGGGUUGUCUUGCUUUUGCCUCUCCAGUGCACCUGUUGUCACUUUCAUUUGCACCAAAACAGGUGACAUUGAUUCACAAUCGCUUAGGCUUCCUAACUGGACAAAUUGAUAUCCCGUAAGUUUAACUGACUUUGUGUUAUACUGUGAUGAUUACAUGUUCCCUUAAUUUUUUUGAGCAGUGUAUUACAAACAUCUGUAUUAAUGUAAGAGCUGCUUUUAACUCCUGAAGAAUACACAAAGCAACCAAGGCACGUUAGUGAAUGAAUAUGUUUACAUUGUAGUCUGGUGGUGUGAAUAAAGUCUGUGCUUCAUGGUCUUAUGGUGUGUUAUUGACUAACAUUAGUAUAAACACAUUAAAUAUACACACUAUAUGUAUAAAUAUAUACACACACACAUUAUAGUGCUUUUUUUAUUCAUUACAAUGUGUUACAAUUAUGACAUACCUUUAUACAGUCUGGGUGUUAUGAAUAACAUCCUCUGUGCAUUUCCUGUUUAAUUGUAUCAGAAUUGAUGUUAUAAAUAUAUUUGACAAGUGUACGUUAUGUGGGUUCUUUUUUACCUCACUGAGCAUUCUGUGGUGUGCCCUUUGAGUCAUCUUGGCUAGAUGGCCACUUCUAGGGAGAGUAGCCACAGUACUAAAUCGUAUACAUUUAUAGACAAUUUGUCUAACUGUGGACAAAUGAAUAUCUAAGCUCUACAAGAUAACUUUGUAACCCUUUCCAGCUUUAUACAAAGCAACACUUCUUGAUCGUAGGUCUUCCUCUCUUUUUUUUUUUUUUGCAAGGCAUGAUCAAUGUCAGCAAAUGCUUCUUGUGAACAGCAAACUCAAAUUGUUUGAGUGCUUUUUAUAAGUCAAAGUAGCUCUAACUCACUCCCCCAAUCUCAUCUCAUUAAUUGGAUGCCAGGUUUGCCAACUCCUGACUCUAAUUAGCUUUUGUUGUCAUCAUUAUCCUAGGGGUUCACAUACUUUUUCCAACCUAAAUUGUGAAUGUUUGAUGUACUCAAUAUGUACAAAAACAGAUUGUAUGUUCAUUAUUGUAACAAAGAUCAAACCAGAUUUUAAGACAAAUUUAUACAUAAAUACAGGUAAUUCCAAAGGGUUCACAUACUUUUUCUUUUACAUGGCAAACCAAUCAUGCUCAGUCCCAAUAAUUACUGUUUCCAUUUUAAAAUGAGAUUGGACUUCACAAGAUCAAUUAGUGAGUAUGCAAAGCGUUGCAAUGCAAAUGAAACAUUUAUGCAUCAACUAUAACUCUUGAAAAUGUCAUAAAAAGCAGUAUAUUUUGAAAUAAUAAAGAUGAAAGACUGACAGGUUCAUUCUUGAUUUUUUUAUCCAUAAAAAAGCAAUUUAAAGUUAUUAACAGAAAAUCAUUUCAGAAACUAGAGAGACAUUCCAUCUAACUAGCAUGGUUGCUAAUGAAUAACAAAAACACUCAAUGCUCAAAUGUGUCACUCCAUAUGAACAAAGGCUAAUCACCAUCUGUUAAAGCUGAAGUGUGUAAUUUCUGUACCACCUAGCACCAACCGAAAAGAAUUGCAAAAAAUAAAAAUUUCAAUAAAACUGCUCAAUAGGGACUUUAAGACACUGCAGCAUGAUUUUCUGUAAAACUGCUCUGAAAUUGUUGUGUAUUGUGAAGAGCGUUAUACUUAUAAAAACUAUUUAACAUUGAGCCCAUUUACAUGCACACCAAUAUGCUGAUUACUCUCUAAAAUUAGCUUAUUUAAAAAAAUCUAACAAGGCAAGAAAUACACGUUUACAUGACAUUUGAAAUAAUUGCAUUAUUCUCUAGUUAUGACAUCAAAAUAUGAAGAGGCAUGCGCUCAACACGUGCGCACAUUUGAUGAGCUGGUAAAGCUGGCUCCACACUAGCAGACUCUGACUCGAUUCAGGUGGAGGUUGUCACACUUAGGAACUGUUGUUGCUGAUCUUUCCCACCUAGUCAGAGAGCCUGUCACAUUUACAGGUUAAAAAUGGAGGGGAGGUGUCACACUUAACCACUGCCUUUGACUUUUCUCUGCGCUUCACUGUCAUGCCCCUUUUUCGCAGCCAAUCAACCUGAAGCUUG